GUCUCUUUAAUGAGUGAGGAAAAUAGUGACGUCAUUGUCAAAACUGCGUAACCAUGGACCGGAAGGAAGCGGGUUUUAGCUGACUUAAGUUAGCAAGCUACAGUUACGAGGUGUGCUGUGGUUCUAUGGAAGAGAUGUCAGGAGAGAGUGCCGUGAGCUCGGCAGUGCCGGCAGCCACAACCCGGACCACAUCCUCUAAAAGCUCCAGCCGGAGCUCAAAAUAUGUGAAGCUAAAUGUGGGUGGCGCUCUGUACUACACUACAAUGCAGACCCUGACCAAGCAGGACACCAUGCUCAAGGCCAUGUUCAGUGGCAGGAUGGAGGUCCUCACUGACAGUGAAGGUUGGAUUUUGAUUGAUCGCUGUGGUAAACAUUUUGGAACAAUCCUGAACUACCUGAGAGAUGGUGCAGUGCUGUUGCCAGAUAGCCGACGGCAAACUGAGGAGCUGCUUGCAGAAGCCAAGUAUUACCUCGUCCAAGGCCUUGCUGAUGAAUGCACAGCUGCUUUGCAGGACAAAGAAACCUAUGAACCUCUAUGUAAAGUGCCUCUAAUGACAUCAUCUAAGGAGGAGCAGAAGCUUAUUGCAACUGCAAAUAAGCCUACAGUUAAACUGCUGUAUAACAGAAGCAAUAACAAGUAUUCGUACACCAGCAAUUCAGAUGACAACAUGCUGAAAAAUAUUGAGCUGUUCGACAAGCUGUCGUUGCGUUUCAAUGGUCGUGUCCUCUUCAUCAAAGACGUGAUUGGGGAUGAGAUCUGCUGCUGGUCCUUUUAUGGACAAGGGCGGAAGAUUGCUGAAGUGUGUUGCACUUCCAUUGUUUAUGCCACCGAAAAGAAGCAGACAAAGGUGGAGUUCCCUGAGGCUCGCAUCUAUGAGGAGACCCUCAACAUCCUCCUGUACGAGUCCCAUGAUGGGAGAGGGCCGGACAAUGCUCUACUAGAGGCAACAGGGGGCGCUGCAGGACGAUCCCAUCACCUGGACGAGGAUGAGGAGCAAGAACUAAUUGUACCUAGGAUCCAUAUCAUUACCACCAGACAACCACGUACACACCACCAUCAGUGACCUUCUGCUUGUCUUAGCCGUGGUUUUACACCACAACUGUGCCUUACACCAGCCACCACAGCGCCUCUUAUGUCCUUCACCAGGAGGCUGUUUUAAUGUGGAUUGAAGUAGUCCACUUUAUCUUUUGUGUUGUGGUCCAGUACACCAGUGUUUGUUGCUCACUUAUCUCACUGUUCUCUGCUAGCGUGCAGAAGCAUCAUAAUCAUAGAUGAUUGUUCAGUCUAAUUUCAGCCUAACUAUAUGUCUCGUUUGUAUAUUUGUCACAAGUGGUCCUAACACUACAUCCAAGAGAGCAAGAAUGAUACGUUGAGCUGCACAUAAUCUUUCCUCCUCUUUAUUUGGCUUAGUGGUAUCCACUGUGAUCACUCAGUGGAUGAGCCAAGUGUUAAAAGCCACAAGGCCACAAGGUGGCAGUGUUUUAUUUUUAGGUUACCUGGACCAUUAUGAAGCCUGAUAAAACCUUUUAUUUAAUACAAUUAUGUUACAGUCCAUCUAAGAUGGAUGUGAUAGUUCCAUAUAGUGUUUCCAUCAUAUUUAGGUUAAACAUUUAUUGAGUUUAUUUUUUUGCAAGAAAAUAAUUAUUUUCAACGGAGGCAGCAUGACUUGUCACCUGAGGUGUUAAACAUACCCGAUGGAUAGAUACUGAGGUUGGGGUGAAUGAGUGUAACCAGAGAUCUCCCUGGAAGCAAAUGAGUCCUGUUGACAAGCUUUUUGAACAGGGAGAGAAAUUAGAGUUGUCCAUUGCUGCAUUAUCAGAAUGUUUGGUUUGCACACAGUUACAAUCACUAUAUUACUAGCUCUAUUGUACAUAAGUCAGCAUAUAUGUAUGUUUUAUAUUUAUAUAUGAUCUAUAUCAAAUAAAUUUAUAUACAUAUAUUUGUUCCUUUUUUAUAACAUGUUCAUUAUACUGCAUUUGGGCCCCAUGGUCACUGGCCACAACACACUUAACAGUAUAAAAAUGAUGCCUUU